AUGCUAGACAAUAAUCAUACUGACCGGUUGAAUCCAGGGAAUGUUGUUUUCCUUGCUUUAGGCGUCUCUGGUCAACCGCCCAGACCCCCAAACAGAUGGGCUAAGUCCCUGAUUGCCAUCGGAUCCUUUGCCAUCGGAGUCCUUUUCUUUAGAUAUGCUUCUGCCUUUCUACGUCCGCUUCGACGAUCAACACUUGUGGCGUCAUUUGCCCUUCAGACCACUGCAAUCCUCGUCUCUAGCAUCCUCGUAGAAACAGGUGUAGUGGAUUCAAGUAUCGAAGUUUCCACCCGCGGAGUCCACUGGAUCCAGGUUUUACCCAUCAGCAUACUAGCCUUCCAGGCUGCCGGCCAGAUAGUUACUUCACGAUUGCUCGGUAUCGACGAGAUACCAACUGUUGUCCUAACGACACUCCUCUGUGACUUACUCAUGGAUAAGAAGCUAUUUAGCUUCCGCCCACGAUGGAAACUAACGGACUUCCGCACCAGGCGCCUAUUGACCUUGCUAGCUGCCUUCUCUGGUGCCAUGCUUUCUGGCGGCUUAUCGAAAGUAAGCGGCUUGUCUGCUUCAUUGUGGCUAGCUACUGGGAUAAAGGCAGCAGUAACCCUGUGCUUCAUCCUAUGGCAGGGAGAAAAGGACGAGAACUUUGGCGAUAAUUGA